CAUAUCUUGAUAAACUUGAUAAAUUGUGAUAACCGAUUUUCGAAAAAUGAUAGUCCCCACUUUCUAUAUGCUGUUACUAGGUGGUGUGUUGACUCAGUUAAACGUCCUUACGGAUUUUUAAAUCACAUUUUAAAGAAAAGUUGUUACAACUACAACAAAAACGAUAUGGAAGGUUUUGUAAACUACCACAAGAAAGAAACUUUGUCUCAGGCCUGGCAAGUGGACAAGGACCUAAAAGCGUGUUUGAAAGAAUUGUAUGAUAAAAAGCUGUGGACAGAUGUCAAAAUUCACUGCAAAGAUCACAUUGACGGUGAAUGUUUUCUUGCACACAAAGUUGUUCUAGCAGCAAGAAGUCCCGUAUUUCAGUCGAUGUUCUUCGGUACAUGUGCUGAUGGCAAAGAUGAAAUAUACCUUGACAAAGUAGAUACAAACGCAUUCCAUCUAUUUCUAAGGUAUCUUUACAGCGAUGAUCUGACGUUGAGUGAAGAAAAUGCGUCGUCAUUGCUAGAAAUAGCACACUUUUAUCAGGUAUUAAACUUAGUAGAUAUGUGUGCUGAUUUUUUAGCUACCAUCAUAACAGUCAAGAAUGCUUUUGAAGUAUUAAAUGUAUCAACAUUUUAUGAAUUAAUAACACUGCGCAAUGCAUGUUACGCAUUCAUUGACACCCAUGCAGACGAAAUCCUCCAAUCCGAAGAGUUUUUACAGCUUUCAGCAGAUCGUCUUCAUUACAUUUUAAAAGGGGACACUUUUUAUACCGAUGAAAAAAUCAUUUUCACGAAAGUAAUACAGUGGGAAAAAAACGCUAUUUGAGGUGGGGAAACCAUAAUGCACAGGAGCAGAUAUAAGAUCGAUUUUGGAUGCAACGUUCUACUUUUUAAGAUUGCCAACAAUGGACUAUGCGACUUUGAUGGAAUGUAUCCGAAAGAAGGGAUAUCUUUCUUUAGACGAAUAUGAAGAAAUUAUUGAUUUCGUCAAUAAAAUACCUUUAACAUCCGUAAAGAGCAACUCCUGUGUAAAAAGGCUACCUAGAGAAGAAACUUUGUAUCUGUCAACCAUGGAUGGAACAUAUUCUAUCGGAAACAGUGUGUCAACUUCAUUUGAAAUUUCGGUAUCACGUGAUGUUAUUCUCAACAACUUUGUUCUUUCAAAAAUAUCCAACAUAUUUCAACACGACCAUCAGCUUUUUUCAGAAGAAAAUACCAGAACAAUUCCUAUAACACACCCGAGUAUAAAUAAUUUCUUUAAAGAAUAUGAAGGUGAUGCACUAAUGUUAUCAUAUACAAAUCUAAAACAUGUACACACCGUUCAGAAAGUGGCUUCUAAAAUGCUCCCUGUGGAUUUUAAAAUACCUAUAUCUGGACAUUUUACAAUAAAAUGUAAAACAAAGCAGGAAUUGAAAAAGUCACAAGACAUUAAGUCAGAAAAUAUCCAGUUUAAUCCUGUCGAUAGAUGAACUUGGUAAAGGCAAAUUACAGGGUCUUGGUAUACCAAGUUUGAACGUUAAUACUAAUGACAGCAUUAAAUAUAGUAGAACGGAGAAGAAAGAUAGUGGAACAGGGAGUGAAGAUAGUGGAGAUAAGGACAAAUUGUUAUAUGAACAAGAUUUCAUGUUUUUGCCAGAAGACAUUUCUCAAAGUACCAUUCAUUUGACAAGGCCAUUCCGAUUAUCAAAACAGUCAUCACCGUACACAAUUGAAAUGGGUUUAAAGUUAUGUCACAAUAGCUGCAUCAAAAUAAAGGCCGUCUGUUCUAAAGAUUGGCCAUUUGUAAGGAGCAAACAUGGACAGGUAACAGUGCGCAGUAUUUGCAAUCAAUUUGCUGGAAUCCAAAGCCUUGGGUUUGAAAAUAUAUCUCAGCGUGAAUCUAAUGAACAUACUUAAUUAAUAGAAUUAUUCAAGUCCAGUGCAAAAUGCAAAGACAUAAAUUAUCAGCAGAAAAACAUAACAAUGGUUAUAUUUACUCCCUGUUGUGGUUACUUUCACAUCCUAAUGUGUACGGAUUGAAGGUGUAGGUUUUGUAGAACUGUCUUGAUGAUAAUUUAUGUUUUUUUUUCUAUAGAACAGUAAGCUUUGUGGAAGUCGAUUUUGUCACGUAGUUUAAUAUUAUUUUAUCUCUAACUAGUAUCUGGUAUUUCCAUUGGAUAAGAGCAGUCAUGUGGUGACGCCCUAUAUUUCGAUAGUCGUUCAGUAGCUGAUACAAGAAGAAAAUGACUGCAAAUCAACAAAUUUAAAUAAAUUAAAACUAUUCUAAGAGUGUUUAACAACUUUUUAAAUCAAUACUGGCAUUAUCGUUAAAGUGUCAGUCAUAUCAACAAACAACGAAAGAAUUUUAUAUUAAUAAAGUAGGAAAGUGUGAGAUAUUACAUGAUCCGAUAUUACAUAUAUUAGGAUAGUAGAUAAUAAAUUGUUCUUGAAAAAAUAUUGUUAUUCAUCAUGUAAAUGUUCUUUCUCUGAAUUAUCCUCGGUAAACCAGGCUAGUAGUUACCGUAUACAUGUAUUCAAUGUACUAUAUACGGAAUGUGUAAGGGCGUCCAUGGCCGAGUGGUUAAGAUCGUUGACUUCAAACCACUUGCCCCUCACCGCUGUG